GUUUCAACUUUCAAUAAAUAGAAAAUGGUAUGGUGUCUGGUGAUGAGAGAUUGAUAAGUUUUGUGUUUUAGCUACUGAAUUAAAGUUGGGUUUUCUAACAACAUCUGAGAUAAAUUUCAGAGUAAGAGUUAUAGUGUGAAAUGGCAAAUCAUUAUGAGGUGCCCAGUUGGGCAGGAAAACCACCAACAGGCCUUCAUUUAGAUGUUUUAAAAGGAGACAAAUUAAUACAGAAACUUAUGCUUGAUGAGAAGAAAUGCUACCUCUUUGGAAGAAACCCUCAAAUGAAUGACUUUUGCAUUGACCACGCAAGUUGUUCAAGGGUUCAUGCAGCUUUUGUAUAUCAUAAAAAUUUGAAUAGAGCAUUUUUGGUGGAUUUGGGAAGUACACAUGGCACAUUUAUUGGUAAGAUGCGAUUGGAGCCAAACAAGCCAACACAAUUACCUAUUGAUUCAAAUUUUCACUUCGGUGCAUCAACAAGGAAUUAUAUUAUAAGAGAAAGGCCAACUGGUAAUUCUAGAGGUAUCAUGGAGGAAUUGCCCAAUACUGAAACAGAAGGUGCCUUAUUAGGGCUUCCAGAGACACAGACUGAAUUAGAUAACUUAACAGAAUUCAACACAGCACACAACAGAAGGAUCUCUAUGUUGGGAAUCCCGACGAAUGAUGAUGCAGACGUCAUAAAGCCUCCAACUGGUACAAAGCGGGCAUCAACAAUGCCAAGUGGAGCCCCUAAGAAGCAGAAACGAAAUGUGUCAUUCAAUGAAGAGGUGGAUAUAAUAAAUCCUGAAGACAUUGAUCCUUCUGUGGGCCGCUUUAGGAAUCUGGUGCGGUCAACUAUAGUACCCAAUUCCAGUGUACCAUCUAAGAAGAUCAAACUACACAAUCCUGAUGAAAUUCACAUUCACCACUCCCUCCGCCUGCAAGAGAUAUCUCGCAGCACCAACUUGUAUUCAGAUUUGCCGGCGCCUGCCUCGUCGCCAUUCAGCCUUAUUGGAGCCAGGUUGGGUAUAUCGUUACCAAAUCCAGCCCCAGAUGUGGAAAUGGAGGGCCCAGAGCCGCAUCUCAGCGUACAUCCUCCGCUGCCAAAUUCAGCUCCCGAAGACGCAGCACCGUCGUCAAACGAGCCAAAAAGGAAGAAAUACGCAAAAGAAGCGUGGCCCGGACGAAAACCGGGGCUUAUAUCUGUAUGAGGGUAGUUUUCAUAGACUUUGGAGUAAUUUUAAUUCUACCGCCUCCAUCGGAAUGUGUUGAUUCGUUGUCUUUGUUGGAAUAUAAAAAUGGUUUCACAUGUGUUUUGUUUCAUUCGCGUAGAAUGAAAUGUCUGCUCUAAGUUGUCAGACUUAGGGUCUGUUUCACAAUGUCCGGAUAAGUUCCAAAUAAACUAUUUAUUACUGAUUGGUAGGAUUAACAGUAUUUUUGCGUUUCACGACUGUCAGAUAGCGCAUGAAACGC